GCGUCGGGCGGCGGGGCCAGCAGGCUGGUGCGGCAGGUGUCCGUGGCCGAGACCAGGAGGCGGUCGCGCAGCAUGGACAGAUACGAGGCGCAGAGGAUCACAGACCCCCCUCCCUACUCGUGGGUGUGGAGCCAAGGGCGCGACGGCGGGCGGGAUGCGGCUCGUGGGCGUGGCAGCAGCGCCCCCGUCAGGCGAGCGGAGAGCGAGGGGUCAGCCGGGGCUUCCAGGGCAUCCCAGGUCGUGACCCCGCCUCCGCCCUAUAAGGUUGCACAAGAUCAGGCCUACUAUCAGCUGCCCCCAAGCUAUGAAGAAGCAUUAGCUAAUAGUAUGGCUACGGUGAACGUGUCUGGAACACGUCGUGAAGCGCAACCUCCUCCUGCGCCCACUCCGACACACACUCUCACCACCCCAAGUAUUACGUCACCAGAUUACUCCUCGGUUGCCAUGCUCUCAGUGGCAACUCUCUCCUCUCGCACAUCCCGGGUCCUCGAGGAGCAGGCAGCUGUCCUCGAGGCUCAACGAGAAGCCCAGCUCGAGGCCCAGCGUCAGGCUCAGCGCGAAGCCGAGCGAGAGGCCCAACUCGAGAGGGACUUGGAGCGACAACGGCUGAGGGAACUGCAGCUCGCUCAGUACUGUGGCUGUGCUAAGUGUCAGGGUCUUUACUACAGUUACUACUACGACGAUGCCAUGAACGACGGCGGCGCCUUCCCCAUGGAGACGCAGGUGUUGAUGCAGGAGGUCCUCACUGACGGCCUGGCAUUCUGCUCUCUCAUGUAGCAUCCCAGGCAAGGUCACGCCCCGAGAACCCGUGUCAAUCCGCCAAGGACUCACUGUUGUUCAGGAUGCCCUGCGGCUCAGAACUUGCGUUGCAGGAGGAGUGUGUCUCAAGGCCCUUUUCGAAGGCACGCACCCAAGCUGAGGCUUCCAGGGUCCCGACCCCUGUCGAGCAGACAGGCAGUUUGGCGCCUUCCCGUUGGAGAAGGACUGUGAAUAUACAUUCCCGUUGGAGAGAGACUGUGACUGCUCCUUCCUGAUAGAGGAGGACUGUGGCUGUACCUUCUCGCCGGAGGAGGGCUGGACGUACUCUCCUGCUGGCGAGGCACCGUGAGCGUAACUUCGUGCAGGAGGAGAGAUGGAAACUUAACUUCUGGCUGGAGAAGUACUGUGAAUUUUUUCGUUGCUAAUGAUGAGCACUGAUUGUAUUCGGUAACUUUAUGAGCUGUGCUAAACCGUAACUGAUAGCUUGUCAGAUACCAAGUCGUAACUUACCCUAAAAUAAAAUGCGUAGACCGGCCGAUUAUAGAGUGGGAAAGUAGAAUGCAUUUGAAAAUCGGUUAUCAGUGUUGGCGUUACUGCGUCCGGACCAUAAUCAAUGGCAUCAAAUUAGCUCUGUGACAGAAGAAUUUUUUGAACAAAAAAAAAAUCUUUUAAAAACAGUGACGUAGAUAUAAAGCACGAAUUCUGAAUAAUACAAGAAGCAAUUUCGAGACUGGAAACCACUGAAGACUGGAGAUGCAGGGACACUCGAUAUCUGGCCGAGGGUAAAUGUCAGCUUCAGGCAGUAGAAAGGCGAGGUACCCUGCCUCUUUUGCUGACAAGGAUGCCAGGCUUCUUAUUUCUAAGGGGCCGUAUUACUCAUGAUAGUUACUUGGCAUAUGAGCCCAGAAUCAUGUAUGUUGCAAUGCAUUUAUCCAGAUAACAAAGUUAUAUUGGUUAUUGGUAUCACUGCCCAAACUUUACAACACACAAGUGUCUCGGCAAAUAGAAACUGUAGUUAUUUACCAGCCUACUGUAGCUGCCAGAUGCAAUCUCACUUGUAGUUACUUGUUCCUGUGCAAGAAGGCUUUUCUAAAAUGUAUCUGAGAUUAUUUCUAGGCAUGCAAAAUUCACUGUAAAAAUCAUGUUCCCUAGAUCCUCUGGAAGCAGGCCUUAUUACAGGCGUUUAGAUUGUAACAAAUGUCUGUGAGAUAUAGGUGGAUCACGAUUCAGAGUGAAGGGGAAUGACUAAUCCUUGGUUGUCUGGAAAAUUUUGGCUUUUUGCGUUUUGGGCCGAUAAUGGUCAUGGUAAAAUAUGUGUUCUGAAUAUCUGGUAGCCAGAUUAAAAUCAUAACUGGCUAACAGAUUAAUAAAAAAGAAAAAAAAAUGAAAUGUUUUGAUAAGGCCUGAUAAUAUUUAGAUAUCCUCACAUUAGAAGAGAAAAUAUAUAUAUCUUUUGAUUUUUGCUUCAGUAUAGUAAAACAAAUGCAAUAAAGGACUAUUUUUAUCAUUUUCAAAAUACUCCACUGAGAAACACGACGGCACUAAGAACAUACUUUAAUUUUUCAUCUUAAAACAUAAAUCAUGAUGAACAAAGCAUUCAGAUAACCUGUGGUUUGUUUACAGUGAAACCAUAAGGAAAAUAUAGUCUGAAAAAAAUAAUCAUACAAGUUUUAUGAAGAUGUUAUAAACUGCUUCCAGUAGAUCAGUUGGUGAUUUACACUGCCUUUCUAUUUGGCUUAGAAAAGAAUUUAGAUG